AUGGAUGACCUAUUCGAUGUGUUCGAAGGCAAAUCUCAGCCAACUCCAGAGAAAGACGCCAAAAAACGACAGAGGAGCAAGAAACGGCAGGCGAACGGCGAUGUCAAGGAGACAAAUGGCGGAUCAGACGCUGCGCGAACCAACGGCGACUCUGCGAUGCCGGAUGCCGCGGCCGCUCUCCCUGAAGCUCCGACAGAGUCAACGAAGCCAGACGAUGCUCAAGCGCAACCCGACGCAAAGCGACUACGGCGAGAGGCAGAACCGGAGCCUGUUGUAACCGACGCCUUUGAGACCGAGCAAUCGAGGGAGGUCGCGGCGUCAGCAGGACUACAGGCCCAGAAAGAGGGCGCAGCUGUCGUGUUGUCACAUCAGGUCAGGCAUCAGGUCGCAUUACCUCCGGACUACGACUACGUCCCCAUAUCGCAGCACAAGCCGCCAGAAAAGCCAGCGAGGGAGUGGCCGUUUACGCUGGAUCCUUUUCAGCAGGUGUCAAUCGCAUCUAUCGAGAGGAAUGAGAGCGUACUCGUCUCGGCACACACUAGCGCGGGCAAGACAGUCGUGGCGGAGUAUGCGAUCGCACAGUGCUUGAAGAACAACCAGAGAGUCAUCUAUACGAGUCCGAUUAAGGCGUUAAGCAAUCAGAAAUACCGGGAGUUCCAUGAGGAGUUCGGCGACGUAGGUUUGAUGACCGGCGAUGUGACGAUCAACCCGACGGCUACUUGCUUGGUCAUGACUACUGAGAUUCUACGAUCUAUGCUGUACAGAGGUUCAGAGAUCAUGCGCGAGGUUGCGUGGGUAAUAUUUGACGAAGUCCACUACCUCCGAGAUAAGUCUCGCGGUGUCGUCUGGGAGGAGACCAUUAUAUUACUUCCCGACAAGGUGCACUAUGUUUUCCUGUCCGCGACCAUACCGAAUGCGAUGCAGUUCGCAGAAUGGAUUACCAAGACGCACAACCAGCCCUGUCACGUUGUCUACACUGACUUCAGGCCCACUCCGCUACAACACUACUUCUUCCCUGCCGGCGCAGACGGCAUCCAUCUGGUCGUAGACGAAAAAGGCAAUUUCCGGGAGGAAAACUUCCAAAAGGCUAUGGCGUCUAUCGCAGAGAAGCAAGGAGACGACCCUGCUGAUCCGAAUGCUAAGAGGAAGGGCAAGGGCAAAGACAAGAGACUCAACAAAGGCGGCAACAAGGGCCCUUCAGAUAUCUACAAGAUUGUGAAGAUGAUUAUGAUGAAGAACUAUAACCCUGUCAUCGUCUUUAGCUUCAGCAAGCGAGAAUGCGAGAACCUGGCCCUCCAGAUGAGUCAACUGGCAUUCAAUGACGAGUCGGAGAAGGCUAUGGUGGGCAAGGUGUUCAACAGUGCUAUCGAAAUGCUCUCCGAAGAGGAUAAGCAGCUACCGCAGAUUCAGCACAUUCUCCCGCUGCUACGGCGAGGCAUCGGCGUACACCACUCUGGACUACUUCCAAUCCUGAAAGAGACCAUUGAGAUCCUGUUUCAAGAAGGUCUUAUCAAGGUUCUUUUCGCUACCGAGACGUUCUCCAUCGGACUGAACAUGCCUGUGAAGACUGUAGUAUUUACUAGCGUGCGCAAAUUCGACGGCAUCACCCAGCGAUGGGUAACACCAUCGGAGUUCAUUCAGAUGUCCGGUCGCGCUGGUAGAAGAGGUCUUGAUGAACGUGGGAUUGUCAUUAUGAUGAUUGACGAGAAGAUGGAUCCCGCUAUCGCGAAAGAGAUCGUUCGCGGAGAACAGGACAAGCUCAACUCCGCCUUCUACCUUGGCUACAAUAUGAUUCUGAAUCUCAUGAGGGUGGAGGGUAUCUCACCCGAGUUCAUGUUAGAGCGCUGCUUUUUCCAGUUUCAGAAUACAGCCAGCGUGUCUGGGCUGGAGAAGGAGCUUCAAGAGUUAGAGGCUGAGCGGGCCAGUAUUUCGAUUCCGGACGAGGCCAUUGUACGUGAUUACUACGAUCUGCGGCAACAACUCAACACCUACACGAAGGACAUGCGGGACGUCAUCACUCAUCCUACGUAUUGCUUGCAGUUCAUGCAAUCCGGCCGCCUAGUACGAAUCAAGUACAAGGACUACGACUUCGGCUGGGGCGCAGUCGUCAACUUCACGCAGCGGAAGCCUGCCAAGGGGCAGUCCGCUUCGGAGAUGACGCCACAGCAGACUUACGUGGUCGAUGUGCUGCUCCAGGUUGCUGACGAUUCGUCAUUCGCCCCUCACGCAACGCAGGAUCUCCCACCCGGAGUGCGACCGCCCGGGCCAGGGGAGAAAGGCAAGAUGGAAGUCGUGCCAGUGCUGCUAUCGUGUAUUGACUCGAUAGGACACCUGCGAUUAUUCCUACCGCCAGAUCUCAAGUCAGUUGAUCAGAGGAACGGCGUGCGAAAGGCUCUUGAAGAAGUCAAGAAGCGAUUCCCGGAUGGAAUUGCAAUUCUUGACCCGAUCGAGAACAUGGGCAUCACGGAUGAUUCCUUCAAGAAGCUGUUAAGGAAGAUUGAGGUUCUUGAGUCGCGGUUACUGUCCAACGCGCUCCACAACUCGCCAAGGCUGCCAGACCUCUAUAACCAGUAUGCGGCCAAAAUAGAGCUGACAAACAAGAUCAAGGACAUCAAGAAGCGGAUUUCAGAAGCCUUCUCAAUUAUGCAGCUCGAUGAGCUGAAAUGCCGGAAGCGAGUCCUACGGCGUUUGGGCUUCAUCAACGAAGCGGAUGUCGUUCAACUCAAGGCACGCGUCGCUUGCGAGAUCAGCACAGGCGAUGAGCUUGUGCUUAGCGAGCUCCUUUUCAACCGCUUCUUCAACGAGCUCACACCGGAGCAGUGCGCUGCCUGCUUAAGCUGCUUCAUCUUCGAAGAGAAGAGCCAGGAGACUCCUGCUCUGAAAGAGGAGCUUGCCAAACCCUACCGGGAGAUUCAAGCUCAGGCUCGCAUCAUCGCGAAGAUAUCUCAGGAGAGCAAGUUGCCCGUCAAUGAAGAUGACUACCUCCAGACCUUCAAGUACCAGUUGAUGGAAGUCGUCUUCGCGUGGUCUAAGGGUGCUUCGUUCGCUCAGAUUUGCAAAAUGACGGACGUCUACGAAGGCAGUCUGAUCCGCCUGUUCAGACGGUUAGAAGAGCUGCUCCGCCAAAUGGCACAAGCGUCCAAGGUCAUGGGUAGCGAAGACUUGGAGCAGAAGUUCGAAACUGCCCUUGAGAAGGUCAGGCGCGAUCUUGUUGCUGCGCAGUCGUUAUACUUGUAG